AUGAGAAGUCUUCUGGUGUUGUGUGGGCUUGUGGCUCUUGUAGCUGCGGUCUCCGCUCGGGAGAUCCGAGAAAAGAGAGCGGCGGAUCUCGAAGCCGCAGCAUCAGGGCACAAAUGGGACAAAGGUGGUGGUCACGAACAUCACGGACAUCAUCAUCAUGAGCAUGGCGAGCAUGGACACAAGGGACAUAAGGGACACCACGAACAUCAUCACGGAAAGAAAGGUCACCACCACCAUGAAGGACAUAAAGGACACCACGGUGAACAUGGUGGACAUAAGAAACACCACCAUCACGACGAUGGCUACCAUCACCACCAUGAACAUGGAGAAAAGGGUGAACAUGGUCACGGACACGAGGAACACGGUCACUUCCACAAGGGCCAUGACACCAAGGGUCAUCACGGCGUCGAAAAACAUGACGAAUUCAAAAAGCAUAAGCACUUCCAUGACCACCACGGAGAAAAGGGCCACCAUUCUCACCACGGCGGUCAUCAUCAUGAGGGUGGUUACAAGAAAGGUGGUCACUUCCACAAAGGACAUAAGCACGGUGGCCACCACGAACACCACCACGGCAAGAAAGGUCACCAUGAAAAGGGAGGACACCAUCACCAUCAUAAGGGACACCACGGAGAAGGCGGACACCAUGAGCACUGGGACCACCAUCAUGACCACGGCAAGAAAGGUGGUCACGAAGAACACAAGCACUGGGGACACAAGUCUGGUCAUUAA